GUUUUGCUAAUGUCACUGUCAAAUAUAAGGUCGUUGUGUAUUUUGUAUUGAAUCGAAUUCCAAUAUAAUUUGUGAUUUUCUUUUUAUUUUGUGUAACUAUUUGGUACAGUAACUUUAUAAUUAACUCUAUACCAUUUAUUAACUCAACCUAAAAAAUGGCUCGAGGCAAGGAUAAGAAAAAGCGUAAGUUGGAGAAGAAGCAAGAGGGUGAUGAUGUUCCAAAGAAGAUACCGCAUACUCUGGAAAGUUUACGUGAGAAAGAUGAAACAAUGCUUGCUAAUGUUGAUGAAGAGGAAAAAGAGGAGGCACAAAAAGACAUGGAGUUGGAUGAAAUGUCCUCAUAUUUCCAAAAUGCAUAUGAGCCUAAAGUACUCAUCACAUAUUCAGACAACCCUCAUACAAAGACUCGGAUAUUUGGCAAAGAACUUAUGAGAAUUAUACCUAAUUCAUUAUCUAGAUAUAGACAGAGGUCCUCAGUAAAACGUAUAGUACAGUCAGCAAUAAGAGAAAGUUACACAGAUGUAGUAAUAGUGAAUGAAAACCAGAAGCAGCCCAAUGGGUUCCUGUUGAUCCACCUGCCCAGUGGUCCCACAGCACACUUCAGACUGUCCAGUUGCAAGAUCACACCAGAACUGAGGAAGGAUUACAAAGAAAUCACUAACCAUAGGCCUGAGGUGAUAUUAAACAACUUCAGUACUCGCCUGGGGCUGACAGUGGGCCGCAUGCUGGGCGCGAUGUUCCACUACGAGCCGCAGUUCAAGGGACGUCGUGUUGUUACCUUCCAUAACCAACGGGACUACAUAUUCUUCAGGCAUCACAGAUAUGAAUUCACGUCAGACGGCAAGCGCGCCAAACUGCGCGAGCUCGGGCCGCGCUUCACGCUCAAGCUGGUCUCCCUGCAGCAAGGCACCUUCGACUCCAAGCACGGAGACUACGAGUGGAUCAUCGCCGGACGCAGGCACAUCAUGGAAACUUCCAGAAGAAAAUUCUUUUUAUAAAACUGAAAUAUUUAAAGAAAUCUUUGUUAAACGAAA